CACCUCGGGGACUCUGCGCCGGCCCGGUCGGCUCGGCUCCGGCCGCGCGCCCCGCUCGCCCUUCUCGCCCCCCGCGCCUGCUCCCCGCGGCGCCCUCCCCGCUCCCCCUCCCCGCCCCCCGCCCCCCGCCUCCCUGCCCGCGCCCUCCCUCCCGCGCGCUCCCAGCCUUCGGCCGCCGCCUCGCUGAGCCCAGAACGAGCCGGGCCGGGGCGGCGGGGCCGGGUGGGGCUGCGGGCGGGCGGGCGGGCGCGCGGACCCCGCGGCUAUGAAGUGGCCCCCCGGGGGCCCGGAGCCCGAGAGUCCCCGGGGAGGGAGCCGCACGCGGCCCAGGGCAGCAGUCUAGGGGCGCCGGGGCCGGGGCGUAGGGGCCGUUGCCCGCGAUGGACCGCACCAGAGACGCUCCGGACUCGCCGCCGCAGAUGUUUUGACCAAAAAGACUGGAUGGGAGCAGAAGGCACCCCACGGCACCCUUGCCCGCAGGCCCCGUCCUCCCCUCUCUUCCCUUCCCGCCCCUCCUUCCUGCUUCAGCCUCCAAGCAGAUGCUAGGGCCCUGCAGUGGGGGCAGCCAUUGCAGAGGAGGGUGGCUGUGGUCCAGGCCAGAGGAAGCAUUUGGCCUGUGUGUGCCCCUUACCCACCCUGCGCCUGGCCCAGGUUUGAGAGGCUUGGAGACCUGGGACCUCUUAUCCUAUGCCCCUGAUGACAGCAUAGAGCCAGAUGGCCUGGACUCAAUUCCAGCUCCACCAUUUCCUAAUGGUUGACCUCAGGCAAGUUACUCCCCUUCUCUGGCCUCGAUGAACCCACAGGGACCACAGCCAUGCCUACUGCACAGGGCUGCUGUGACGUUGCAGGAGCAGGUGCAUGUGAAGAGCUGAGCCUCAUCUUCGGACAUCUCUCAUGCUAUAGGGAAGUUUGUAUAAACAACAGUGCAAGUGGGCACAAGGGAGGCUGAGCAGGUGCCAGAGUGGGUGGGGGCUGAGAGGCUGCCCCAAAGGAAAGGUAGUGGCCCACAGGGACUGAGCUGGCAUGACACUCAUCUUCUCUCCUUGGCUUUCUCCAUCCCGGUAUUAGAACCUGCACCAAAACCAGGAGCACUUGAGAAAGCUCCUUCAAGAGUCUCUGAGAACACAGAAGAAAUCUUCCUGGACAUUUUUGAAGCCCCAGCCAGGCCCAGCCUCCCCAUCCUUCAUCAGAUGUGGCCUAAGAUCCAAACGUGUCUUGGCCAAAGAACCAAAACGUGUCUUGACACACAGCUCCAUGCAGCCCCAGCAGUGGCCUGGGUGUGGAGGGACAGGCUAAAUCUGGGGGAUGUGGCAUGAAGUCACUUGCAUCUCAGACCACAAGACCCAGCAGGCAUCCUGUGUGGGGUUCUAGGCUCUGUCCCUCACUGGGCCAGCAAAGAGGAGUUUAGGGGCGGACACAGACACACACAGCCUAGCAUGUCCACUAUCUCCUACGUGCCUGUGACGUUGAACCCCAGUGGGUCUUCCAGUCCCCAGGGAAUGGGUGGGGGAGACUCUCUGGAUAGAGUAGGCCUCUGAUGGUGGGGUGUGGGCAGGGGAUGCCGGCUGUCCCGGGAAACCACAGUGCUCCUUAAUGGAGGGGAUGGCGGCCGUCCCGGGAAACCACAGUGCUCCUUAAUGGAAGACAAAUCCUGGUCUUCCACAGGCGUCAGAACUAUUUGGAGAGAGGACCUGGUGAGGAGAGGAAAACACGCUAUUUUGGAAACUCAGGGGCUAAAAACCCUCCUCGGUCAUAGCACUUGACUCUGCCUGAAAUGGUGAGCACACGUGAGCUGGGGCAGGAGCAGGCAGCAUGGCCCCCAGGUGUCCACCCCCCAGGGUUCCUGACCCCUGCCCCUGGACAGCGACCCCUUCUCAGACUCCAGUUGGGCUGGACUCUCCAAACCUGCUUCCGCAAUGGGUGGGUUGUGAGUGCUGGUAAUGAGGAGCCGUGGGUGCAGCCAGCCUUGGAGAUGCCGAAGAGACGGGACAUCCUAGCGAUCGUCCUCAUCGUGCUGCCCUGGACUCUGCUCAUCACCGUCUGGCACCAGAGCACCCUCGCACCCCUGCUCGCGGUACAUAAGGAUGAGGGCAGUGACCCCCGACGCGAAACGCCGCCCGGCGCCGACCCCGGGGAGUACUGCAUGUCUGACCGCGACAUCGUGGAGGUGGUGCGCACCGAGUACGUGUACACGCGGCCCCCGCCGUGGUCCGACACGCUGCCCACCAUCCACGUGGUGACGCCCACCUACAGCCGCCCGGUGCAGAAGGCCGAGCUGACGCGCAUGGCCAACACGCUGCUGCACGUGCCCAACCUCCACUGGCUGGUGGUGGAGGAUGCGCCGCGCCGGACGCCACUGACGGCGCGCCUGCUGCGUGACACCGGCCUCAACUACACGCACCUGCACGUGGAGACGCCCCGCAACUACAAGCUGCGCGGAGACGCCCGCGACCCACGCAUCCCGCGGGGCACCAUGCAGCGCAACCUGGCCCUGCGCUGGCUGCGCGAGACCUUCCCGCGCAACUCCAGCCAGCCUGGCGUGGUCUACUUCGCCGACGACGACAACACCUACAGCCUGGAGCUCUUCGAAGAGAUGCGCAGCACCAGGAGGGUGUCCGUGUGGCCCGUCGCCUUCGUGGGUGGCCUGCGGUACGAGGCCCCACGGGUGAACGGGGCAGGGAAGGUGGUCGGCUGGAAGACGGUGUUUGACCCCCACCGGCCAUUUGCAAUAGACAUGGCUGGAUUUGCCGUCAACCUGCGGCUCAUUCUGCAGCGAAGCCAGGCCUACUUCAAGCUGCGGGGUGUGAAGGGAGGCUACCAGGAAAGCAGCCUCCUUCGAGAACUUGUCACCCUCAACGACCUGGAGCCCAAGGCAGCCAACUGCACCAAGAUCCUGGUGUGGCACACACGGACAGAGAAGCCAGUGCUGGUGAAUGAGGGCAAGAAGGGCUUCACUGACCCCUCGGUGGAGAUCUGAGCCUCAGGAUGCAGCUGGGUCCUUCUGCCACCAGACUCUUCAGAGGGCAUCACCUUCCAAACACCUUGCUGAUUUUUCUGCUGGCAGUGACGCCUGCGCCCCACAAGGCACUGCCAUUCAGACUCUCGCUGGCCAGGGUCUGUCCCCCCAGGUCUGCCUCUUCUCCUGUGGAUUCCUUCACCACGUGGCCGUGGCAAGGACUCACGGACUCACUGCUCCACAGCAAUGAGCCCACGGCUGUCAUAGUGAGAGGUAGCUCAGAGUGACAGCACGGACCCAGAGCCCACCUCAGCUCCCAGGACCCCUGCUCUUCACUGUUUGACCUGACUUGACUUUUCUGGGCCUCAGUUUCUUCAUCUGUGAAGUAGGUUGCUGAGAGCACCUAGAACAGUUCAUGGCACUUAAAUCUCAUCAGUGUGGCUAUUUUUAUUCAAGUCUUUAAAGCCCUCUCUGGAAGUAGGCCACAGGAUCCACCUACACUUCAGAAGCAAAGAAAUGAUGUUGAGAGAAGCUAAAUGAAUGUUCCAAGGUGACACACUGGCACGAGUGCUGGGUGGUUGGCAAAGCCAGGCAUUUUCAGGGGCUUUUCUGUGAUCUUAUCCUGUCUCUUAAAAGCAGCUGGUACUCCUGACUCCCUACUCUAGGUUAUGCCAAACAGAGGUUGAGGCCUGAGACAGACAUUUUUCCUCUUGCCCUGGAGCUAAGCAAUAGCUUCUGUAUUGUGUUUGCAUCCCCCUGCCCGCAGAGGACCACAGGGUGUCACUCAGUCGCCUUGGCCAGCGCCACUUAGAAUGCAUCUGUACCGAGCCUCACUUCUGCCUCCUGCCCUCACUGCCCUCACUGGAAGCACCUUCCCCACCCGCCCCUCAGAAAGGCCCCCACAGGACCUGGUGGCCUGGGCUUUGCAGAGGUCCUGGUGGCCCUGCCUGGCCGUUCCCUCCCUGGCCCCACCCUCAGCCGACACCUCACUCAUUCCUCCUCUCCCC